AUGCUGCGUCAUCCGUUUGUCACUGUAGCUCUUCAUUUGACUGGUAAUGGUAUAUUGGAUGUAUUCGAUGGAGCCGCAGCAAGGUACUUCAAACAAUGUAAGGGCAGAAAGUAGUUAGAAAGAACCUCAUGAUACUGAAACGGCAGCAAAACGCGUCCCUUAUAUAAAAAAAGUCAAUUCAAAAUAUUCAGAAAAUUAUUCCAGUUUAAUGAUCGGCCGACUUCAAUAAAUUUGUCAAGUAAAAGAGAGAUACCGCUCGAGUUUAAUAGGACAAUUGCACGAUUACGUCUUUUACUAUGAACUACCAGAAUCCUUCGGUUUGUGCAAAUUAGAGAUUAGGGCUAUUGUUUUUUAAACCUCAGUGGUAGUUGUAGUCAAAUGUCGUCAUCGUGAAAAUGGCUUGUUCUAAAGAAUCGUCAAGUACCGUAAUUGGUUGUCAGGAAGCUUAAUCAACGAGGACGGACAUGGCAACAAGAACCUCAAACAGGCAUUAGGGAGCUUAAGCAGCAACGUUUUUGAGCGACGCACGUCAACCGGAACUGGCUUUUUUUCAUUUUUUGACGGUGGUUUCGCGCAAAUUUUCAGUCAAAUCGCCUCUAUAACAGUAAAGAAGCUAAGGAAUACAAAUUUUAUAUCAUCAAGGCAUGUUAAGAGGGAAAAUACCUCACUUCCGGUUGACGUGCGUCACUCCAAAACGUCGCUGCUUAAGCUCCCUAUUAUUUACUUGGUAACUUUAUGAAAAUAAUCAAUUAAAUUUUUAUUCUUUUUGCUUCAAGGUUCCAAAUUUGGAGAACUGCUCGAUAUUGCUACUGACAGGUAUUUUUUGGCUCAUGAAAUCUGUAUUACUUUGAACUUUUUUCACGUAACAUAUUUACCACUUGAUCCGGCAUAUGGCCCUAUCAAAAUGUAUAAGUUACACUUAGACAACUCGAGCUAAAAGUACUACUUCUGAACUCUAAAUAUUAACAGAUCAUAGACAACGGCAUCGAUCAAUCACGGCGCGCGUAGUAAUUUUCACCACAUUGCAUGUACAACAACAAUAUAGAUUGGAACAAAACUAGGAAUCAAAAAGCCCUCACUGAGGUCUUUAGUAUAGAAUUUUGGCAUAACGUAAAAUAUGAACGCCACGAGAAUCAGGUAAAGCAUUCGCUCGCAAAAACAACAACAACAAACACUAACUGACAAACACUGAUACUGACUAAAGCACUUAUUAGUACGUUGUUCAGGUAAGUGCGGUGAAUCCACAACGAACGACCGCGGCUAAUCAUAACAUGAUCAGAAGGAGAAAUGCAUUUGUGGCCCUAACUUCAUAGAAGUGUGCAGGAACUAGUCACAGUUAAUUUGGCUUUUACCUCUAACUGGCUGGGAAAAAAGCGUGAAAAUUUUAAACCGACAGUAGAGCGUAACAAGCAAAAAUCCAACCGCGUUUCCAGAAAGAAGAGAGACCCUGGACUAGGUUUGGUGAUGAGCAACAACUACAGUACUGUAAUACAAUUUCUAGAAAGAAAGUAACUCGUUUAAAGAAGAGAGAAGAAAUCGGAAGUUUUAUUUCGAAAGAGAAACUCAUCUUAGGUUGUUUACGUUCUCGAUAAAACGUGAAAUUUGAUAAUUUCACGUCGUAGCGUGCAGUGACGGCCAAGAUAUAAACAAAAAAAGCAUGCUGCACGUAAAAAACUAUUAUAGUCUUGCUGAUCUAAAUCUGUUGGGUUUUAAAAGUUCGCGUUGUCGUCUCUAUUUCUCAAGAAUGAUUUUAUAUCUGUUUCCACAGGUGUGGCAGGGUAGGAUUCGCAAUGGGACUGUGCGCACUUUACCCUCAAUAUAUGUUUCCUAUCCAACUUCUUGUCUGCUUAGAAAUUGUAGGACCUUUGUCAGAUCUCUACAGGUAUUUAUGGACUACGAAAAACAAACCUGAGUGCACUAUUCCUUAAAUGAAAGUUAACGGAUGGAAACUAUUCUCUUCAGUCAUAUUAUCAUUUUUUUUUUGCUUCGUAGACGUUCCUUGAGAGCUGAUCAAAAAUCGCAGGUGGUCGAUGACUGGUGGCUUUUAAAGAUUUUUUUUCAGGAAGUAAGAAGGCCCUUUACUGUCUUAAAAAUUAACCGAGUUGAUACUAAGAUAUAUAAAAAAGCUAAGGGCCUCUUGAAGGGAGAUCGUUUAGCCUCACCUCUAAAUCCUUAGUAAAUCUCUUAUCUUUCGUUAGACCUUAGUAGAUCUCGUUUUUUUCAAAAGGUUAAGCGCGAUUGAAAUUUAAGCCAACCAUGAUGUGAACACUCCAAGCCGGUUACCCGCAGCUUCUAUAACAGGGCGGCCGGGAUGGCAUCGUCCGACUUAGCUCCAGUGAUGCGGCUAUAAGAAUUGGUAACGCUAUGAUAGGUGCCAAAGCUAUAAAUUUGUGUUUCGCCAACUUUGCUCUAGUUGUUUCUCGAAUUUCGCGCAAUAACACGUCCCAAGAACCUUACGACCUUUUCUCAUCCUGGAAAGCGGAAAUAUCUCAUUUGAACCCAAGCCGGGUUGACUUCAAAUUAAAAAAGGGAACGUUUUUCUGUUAAUACGCGACAACAAAAUAAAAGAGAUAGUUUCCUAUAGCUACUGCACUUCACAAUAUGAAAAUUAGAUCUAACUUGAACGUCGGGUACUCGUUUUUGUAAACGUUAACCAAUUAAAGUCCGUUAUAUUUCCAAGAACAAAUUUUGUUUUCCAGAAUUUUUUCCUACGAACGUACAAAACAUUCAUGGACAAUUCGCUAUUCUGACUGUUCCCCAGUAGCUGAAGAAUAUUUCUAGUGAAUCUAUCGUAAAAUCUUACUUUUCUUUAUACGCAGCCUAUCCUUUCUUCGGUCAUACUUGGUCAGGAUAUAUGUGUAUACAUGAUCUACUUGCUUUACUUUACGCCAGGGCCAACAGGUAGGAGAAGACAUCACUUGUAAUUGCUUCUAAUACUUCAUUAUGCCUAACCUAAGGUUGCAUUGGUUUAGGUGCUAGUUUUAAGCAUCCAAAGUACGGAGACCAACGGCAACAGGCACGUCAAUUGAUUAGUGUAUUCGUGUUCUUUUAAAAUUUAUGGCGGUUAGUUCCCACUGGUUCAGUUAGUCAGUUGUACGCGAGUUUUCUUGGAGUUGAAUCUUCAGAGAGCACAUUUCAAUGUGCUCUCUAAACUUUGAAAAAGUUUAGUUUAGUUUAGUUAAGUUUAGUUUUUAGUUUUGUUUCUAAACUUUAAAAAGUUUAGAAGUUUAGAAGUGGAAAGAAAUAAUUUGUCGUCUAUUGUUUAUGUCUUUUGUUAUACAUGACAUUGGAAAGUCUCACGUUUUAGUACGUUUUUAGUCGUGUCGUGACGGCGAAGAAAUGUGGAAAAAAAUCUUGAUGCCCUUGCAAAGUUGUUGUUUUGGUUAUUAUAACUCCAGCUUUUUGGACGUCUUCGUUACCAUUGCCGCCGUGGUUGGUUAAAACUCCCUGUUAGGUUUUCGGUUUACUAACAAAUCAAAGCGACAUGUCAGUGGUGGGGCAUGAGAUACCUCUGGGAUUUCCAAGUUUCCUCUCAACUGACCAGUUUUGUCUUGUCUUGUCUUCAGCUAUUUUAUAGGCGAUGAAAGAUCGCAAAAUGCAAAAAUUGUCCCAACCACGAAUCAGAAUGCCAUGCCCAUGGGGUCAUCAGUAAUCAAAGUUUUGCGCUAGCGGUGUUCAAAUUUCACCUGUCCCUAAAUUUUGUACCAGCUACUUUUCUUGUCAGAUAUCAUCUUGUUUGGUUAUGGUUCAGAGGUCUUAGUCUUCAUCAGUUUUCUCUUUCGACAAUCGAUGAUCGCAUCCUCCACAAAAAAAAGGCUGUAGCUGUAUUGACUAGAUCUUGUAGGUCUGAGCUGACUUGUUUAUUCCUUUUAUUUUAUUUCCAGUGUCUUUGGUUGGACUCUCAUUCAGUUUAUGGCAAGCCUUGGCUUGGCUUACUCUUCCGUUUUUAAUCUACAGACAAAUUGUUGUCUGUUGUCUUCUAGUCACGUCAUCUUUCAGUGAACUUGCACGUUUGCAUCACCUUCAGGAUAGCAAGCAGAAUGAAAAGAGAAUUAAUUGACACCAACAAAUGACCGAUGACUUUUACUAAUUAAAAGAAUUACGUUGGAACCAUCUUACUAUUCGAGUCUUUCUUUUCCCUUCGGGGUUUGCACUCUCAAGCGGGUAUCGUUCUGGAUGCGAAUAAUUUCCUGGUUUGGUAGGCUGUUAUAAGAGACCUUAAGAUCGAGGUGUUGUCAUUUUACGGCAAACGACAAACUGCGCUGUACGAUUAACGGUUUCACGUUACCCGUCUGCCCAUAUUUGAGACUUAAGAUUCGUGGGUGGUAGCUUGCGGCGACCAUUACUACAGUAGUUAUGUGGCUACAGGAGCC